CACUCACUGUGUAUGUAAAAAGACUGCCUUACGGCUCUACAGUUAGUUGGUCUCUGCCUGUACACUCGGACACCAUAAGGAUGUCGGAUCAGUCGGUCUUUGAUGUGGACGUAUGGACCCUCACACGCUCCGUCAUGGAGACGGGGCGGCAGGCGAAGGGGGCCACCGGGGAACUCACGCAGCUCAUGAACUCCCUGUUAACGGCUAUUAAAGCUAUUUCGUCUGCCGUCAGGAAAGCGGGACUCGUUCACCUUCAAGGCAUUGCCGGACAGGUGAAUGUCACAGGUGAUGAGCAGAAAAAGCUGGAUGUGCUUUCCAAUGACCUGAUCAUCAAUAUGCUGCAGGCCUCUUACGGCACCUGUUUGAUGGUUUCUGAGGAGAACAAGGAUGCCAUCUACACACCUGCUGAGAAAAGAGGCAAGUAUGUGGUCUGUUUUGAUCCUCUGGACGGCUCCUCCAACAUCGACUGUCUGGCCCCCAUAGGCACAAUCUUUGCCAUUUACAAAAGAAUUGACGAGACCUCUGAAGGAGAACCGACUGACGAGGACGCCCUACAGCCGGGCAAUCAGAUCGUGUGUGCGGGUUACGCUCUCUACGGCAGCGCCACGCUAGUGGCUCUCAGUACGGGAGCUGGAGUUAACUUCUUCAUGCUGGAUCCAGCAAUUGGAGAAUUCAUUUUGACAGAAAGAAAUGUGAAGAUCAAGAAAAAGGGGAAGACUUACAGCAUCAACGAGGGCUACGCUAAGUACUUUGAGCCUGCAGUGAAUGAGUAUUUAAAGCACAAGAAAUACCCAGAGGAUGGCAGUGCUCCAUAUGGUGCCAGGUAUGUUGGGUCGAUGGUGUCUGACAUACACCGUACCAUUGCCUAUGGUGGCAUAUUCAUGUACCCAGCCAAUGAGAAGAGUCCAAAAGGAAAGCUGAGGCUGUUGUACGAGUGUAACCCCAUAGCCUUCCUGAUCGAGCAGGCCGGAGGCGUAGCCACGUCAGGCACCCAGCGUGUCCUGGAUGUUGUUCCCGAGUCACUUCACCAGAGGCUGCCCUUUGUGGUGGGAUCCCCAGACGAUGUGGAGGAGUACUUGUCCUUUGUCAAGAAACAUAAAAAGUAAACGAUCCAUUGAAAGCCCACGUGACACUGAGAUAAGAACCAUCACAGUAGCUUUUUUAAUAGCAGAAGCAAUGCUUUUAUAAACAGAAUCCCAUUAAACUUCCUGUAUUUUAAAUCA